AUGAGUUCCAACAUUAUCCUUUGCGAGACGGGCUAUUAUCGAUCUGCCUGUGUCGAGUGCCAGCGCAGGAAGCAAAAGGCAAGUUUCGAUGGCGAUUCAAACACCCAGGCCCACGCGCCAACUGCCGAUGCACCCCAGCCUCAAUCUCCAACUCAACCGCUGUCCCGCCAUUGCGCGACGUACUUCGCAUUGCCCUGCAAUCGCGAAUGGCCCUGCGAUAGCUGUCGUCGCCGCAAGGUACCCGAUGGCUGCCGCUACAAUGAGACCACAGUCCCCGGAGACUCUUCCCAUACCCUGGACAAGACAGACAUCUUCCCAGAUCACUCGUUCCAUCGCACCAGUCUUCAUGCAAGCGAAGGCCAAGUCCUCGAGGUCCUUGCUGAGCGUGCCUUUAUCAACCUCGGCAUCGACAGUGCUCCCAGUGAAGAUGCUCCUCCAGAACAGAAGCAGGACUUGGUCGAGCUUGGCUCCUCUGCCCAGUUUGACCGCAUCAUCGAGUUGCUUCCUCAGCGACAAUUAAUGGACAAACUCAUCCAGCUCUUUCUCAAUGAUGUCAAUUUCCACUACUACAUAAUAUACCCCCCCGUGUUUCUACAGGAAUACCACAUCUGGUGGGAUCGUCGCGCUGACGGCAAGCCCACUUCUCUGCAAUAUACCUGUCUCAUCGCAAUGCUCUGCUCCUGCACUAUCCAGCAUGCUGCGGACGACUUGGAAAAGGCGGUUAUUGCAGAGUACGGAGAGCAUGUCCAUCCCGUCUCUGAGAAAAUGCAUGCUGCCGUCCGUGAGUUAUCUGGCGUUAUUCCCGUCGGCCACUAUCACAUGGUCAAUGUUCAGCGCUUGAUCCAUUCCUGUUACUGGUACAAGGCCGAGGCUCGUUUUGUGGAAGCCUGGCACGUUUUGAAUCAGGCUAUACUCGAGGCUAAGGAGCUUGAACUGCAUAUCGAGCCCAGGCCCGAUACUGUGUCCGAGUUUGACCGUGAAAUGCGUCGACGUCUGUGGUGUAUCCUCGACACCUGGGACUGGCAAAUAUCGUCGGGUCUGUCACGGCCCAAGCUCAUUGACCGUGGUGGUUGUACCGCUGAGCUCCCCGAACUGACUCUCGAGCGAUACGACCCUUCUCCCUUGGAGCACAUGAAGAUGCAGUCCCAGCUGACUCGCGAGCUUGCUUCACGUUUUGGCGCCCCCAAAAACAUCAUCUCAACUGAGGAAGUUCAGGAGUACAAGGUUAUUAUUCUUGCCUGGGUCCGCCAAUUUCCUAAAAUUUACGACUUUUACGACCCAGACACAUCUAGAGACGACGUCCACCCUUGGAUCUUUCCCCACAGAUUCUAUCUUUACACCAUGGCCUGCUUGCUGAUUUUAAACCCCAUUCGCCAUUACAUGGUUAAAUCCUACACCAAAGACUCUCCUCCUGAUGAGCUCAGGUGCCGCGCCGAUGGCCUGUUCUUUUCCCUCAUUCUCCUCAAGACCCAGCGAAAAUGGGUAGAUAAAAUCAACGGUAGAGAUGGACGCCUGCACUUCAUCGUCUUCUCCAUUUUCGACACUGCCGCCAUUCUUUGCACCGCUCUGGUCAAGGACCACGCAAACACCAUUGAGAACAAGGGAGAAGUUUUGCACGCUAUUGCAGAGUCUACGGCUAUGCUCAAGGCUUUGGUCAACAUCUCGGAAACGGCAAAGAUGUCUCACGACAUCUUGUACCGCCUCACCAAGAAGCUCAAGAAGCCCAGCGUCUCAAAAGAUUCGGGCGAUACAGGCCGUAAGCGCACAAAGCUGUUUGCUGUGCCGCCGUCGAAACAUGCGUCAGCCACAGCCUCUGUGACCACUAUCUCGAUGAAACCUCACAGCACAGCGAACAAGGUUGUACCGCCACCUGUCCUCGCGCCUGUUCAGGCCGUUCCUUCUACCAAUUCACCCACAAAUACUUCUCAAACUUCUUCUGGAGCCUACGUCUCUCCCUCGCAGGGAAGCUUGGAUGGCUAUGACAUCCCUUCAUCUAACCUGGGUGCGUAUAGAAACACAUACAGCGACCCUCCGAUGUAUCACAACCAUUCAGCCAUGAAUCCCUCGAUGCCUGGGCAUGUUAGUGGUGGCUCUGCUGCAGCACAUACAAUGCUGCAGCCCAACCCUCACAUGACUGCGUCACAAAUUAUGCACCAACAAAUACCACAUAUGACUGGAAUACAAGACGUUAAAAGCCUAUCACACCAGUCGGCUGUGUCGAUGCCUAUGUCCAUGGCCGACCCUUCCUACUACCAGCCCAUGCAGGCAGAUAUGCAACCCCCUAUCGAGCCUAGCCGAGCCAUGCACAACAGCAACUCUCAAAAUAGCCCCCCGGUACAGACGCUCGGCUACGGACACCCGCUGCCGCCGCCGCCCGGCAAUGGCAUCUUCAAUAUGAACAUUGCCGACGACGUGCCCGCCAUCGCCAACCUCUGGGACGCUCCCGCAGGAUCCAUGGACCCCAUAAUCUCCUACUCCAUCAUGGGCCAUACCGUGCCCGUCAACGUCGUGCCUCAGCCCCGCGAGCUCUACAUUGGCGGCCAGCCACAAGAGCACAUUGUUCCCGAGCUCAACCUCUCCAACCUCACCGAGGCUGAGAUUGGCGGCCUUGCACCUCUGUGGAACUGGCACUCGAGCAACCUGUUCCCCGACCACGCAAGCAACGGCCCACCUGCAUAA